GUGCAGCGCUGUCGUAGCACUCUCCCUUGAAGGAGAAGUCAGGGAGCAGAUACCACGGCGGGCAAGCAAGAGCAACAGGAUCAGGAUGGGAUCGGUGUUUGACACGUUCUCGCCCUUCCACGUCCUCAGCAUUCGCUGUUUCCCAGACCGCAUCGACUCGGACCGCGACUUGGCUGGCACUCCAUGCCACAGCGGACCGCAGGCUUUCCUCGAGUGUCUGGUAGCGGAGUACAAGACGGCAGGCCAGAGGCUUUGGCGAUUGAACGAGCAGAUUACAGGCUUGGUCAUCCCUCCAAAACAAUUCAUCUUCGACCUCAAGCUCCGUGACCAGCUCCUGUUCGAGGACGCAGACUUCACGUUCAGCCGGCGGUACUUUUGGGCAUACAACAGUCUUUCCAUGGUCAACGACAGCAUCAGGUCGAUGAUCAACGCCUAUUCUGACACGUUUACCCCUACAUUUUGGCGGGGCCAGCAUCCGACCCUUUGGCCGCACCCGGAUCCAGAGAGCGCCGAAGGGUGCAACUACCUCGCCCAGCUCGACCACCUCCGCCACGAGCUGGAGGCUGCUAUGCGAGACCUCAAGGCCCUAAUCAAGGCCAACGAGCAGCUCCGGCGGGAAAUUGAGAACUUGAGAGAACAGCUCUACAGCGGGAGCUCCGUGAAGGAGAAUCGGACGACCAUCGAACAGGGGGAGAACAUCAAGAUACUCACGGGUGUUUCGAUGUUGUUCAUGCCCUUGACUUUUGUCACGUCCAUCUUCGGAAUGGAGACCUUCAAGAUCCCUCCCACCGACUGGCGCUUUGUCGUCAUUAUGGUCACCGUCUGCGUGCCCUUCUUCAUCUUGGUCCUUGUUCUCCAGACGGACGUAGGCACGCGCCUCUGGAGGGCCCUGCGCCACGUCUUCACCAUGGGUCUGGACAGCUGGCGAAGGCGCGCCCGGACUCGCCGCGAGAAGCGCUCGCAGCUGCAGCAGGCGGCGAUGAUCAGGAGACAGUCAUUGUGUGCGCCGAGCGCGGAUACUGGGAGGCAGGAGAGCCUUCAAAUGCUGAAUGCGAACAAGGGAGGGCCUGCACAUCCUGGGAUGGCUCCGCCGCCAGGGGAGGGAGGGCAGCAGCGGUGGCACUGGCCUGGUCGGAGGAGGACGGAUGAGAGUGUGGAGUCGCAGAGGGUUUCGCACGUGUGAUUGGUCCAUCGAAAGGUCAGUAAUGGACAAUGGUUCGAUGGUCCUAUUGCUUUGGACAGGAUCGUUUGUUUGAUGCUAGAUUUCCCAUACGCAGUUGGAAGUUGCAAUCACUGCCACUGUGACAGGCUGCGUUCUGAACUGAACUGUCUAUUUCGUAGCGAUGAAUGGAGUAACGAUUGACUGGCC